GGCUUUGCCCUUUCUGUCCUAGUCCCGCCUAAACCUAAAGCGUUCAGAUUUGAGAAAUAUAUUUAUAAAAAUUCAAAUUGUUCAUCCCGUAACGACCGAAAUGGCUGCCACCAACAUGGAGAAGGGGGAGCUGAUAAGCCAGGUGAAGCAGCAGAUCGCUCUGGCCAAUGCCCAAGAGAUGCUCUCGAAGAUGACGGAGAAAUGCUUUAAGAAGUGCAUCCAGAGGCCUGGUAAAUCCCUGGACAACACCGAGCAGCGUUGCAUUUCGCAGUGCAUGGAUCGCUUCAUGGACGCCUGGAAUCUGGUGUCGCGCACCUAUGGCAAUCGCCUGCAAAGGGAACAGUACAGGACAAUGGACACGGUGGACAUGACUAACUAGGAGAUGAUUUCCGGUCAUCUUGUAAUUAAAACGGAUUUAAUUUAUUUCUCAA